UUCGAAAUGACAAAAACCCCUCUUUAGUGUUUCGGUCUCUGAAAUCUAAAUCGAAGGCAAAAGAUGGCGAGAGCUGCUCUCUUCCACUUGCUCAGAUCCCAAUCCAAGCAACUCAUUUCAAGAAACAUCCAUUCAGGUUAUCCUUGUAGGUUGGCAACAUGGUCCUACACCCAAUAUGCCAAGCCCAACAUCAACUCUGCAACGAGCAUUUUCACUGUCCAGAAAAGGUGGAGUUCUCAAGCUACAACAACUGAAAAUGACAACAAAAUCAGCAUUGGUCCUCGUAAAGGCAGGGAAGAGGAGGAAGAUGAGAAGGACAGAGGGGUUGUUUACAAUGGUCCAAUUUCAUCUACCAUCAAGAAAGUAAAGCUGCUUUCUCUUUCAACAUGCUGCCUCUCGGUAUCAUUGGGCCCUGUAAUAACGUUCAUGACUUCUCCAGAUAUGAAUGUUAUUCUGAAAGGUGCAGUGGCGUCCUCUGUGAUAUUCUUCAGUGCUACAACAACUGCUGUACUUCACUGGUUUGUAAGCCCUUACAUCCACAAGAUCAGGUGGCAGCCUGGUUCAGACAGCUUUGAGGUGGAGAUGAUGUCAUGGUUGGCAACUUAUAUUCCGCGAACUAUAAAGUUUGCUGAUAUCCGUCCACCAGAGACCAACAGGCCCUUUGUGACAUUUAAGGCCAAUGGGAAUUUCUACUUUGUUGAUGAAGAACACUGUCAUAACAAGGCAUUGUUGGCAAGACUGACACCCCAGAAGGCAACUCAUGAUUCUGCUCUUAAGAACUUAUGAUUGGAACAGUUGGGAGCUCGCAAAAGUUUCAAUUGUCAAGAUGAGCUGUAAUUUUGGAUUAUGAUAAAACCCUGAACAGAUUCAACCCUUUUCGGAGAAGCCUGUUGAUUACAGAAACACAAAAAGUUUGAUGUUUUUCAUUAGAAUUUCAGUUUAUUGCUGCUUGGUAGUUUUUGAUCCACAUGGUUUCCUUCAGAGUAAUAAAAAUUUUAUAUUUGCUUGCGAUUGUAAUACUGUAAUGACAUAAAUUUUGCCAAUGAAGCUAAAUUUGGAGUA